UGUCUCACGCCGUCUCGUGUGGUCUUCGCAGAUCUAUCUCUCCAAGUUUACCGGUGAAUCAUGUCUGGCCGUGGAAAAGGUGGAAAGGGAUUGGGUAAAGGAGGAGCCAAGCGACAUCGAAAGGUUCUCCGAGACAACAUCCAAGGCAUCACGAAGCCCGCUAUCCGCCGUCUCGCUCGUCGUGGUGGUGUGAAACGCAUCUCAGGCUUGAUCUACGAGGAGACUCGUGGUGUUCUGAAGGUGUUUUUGGAGAAUGUGAUUCGUGACGCUGUGACAUACACGGAGCAUGCGAAGAGGAAGACAGUGACAGCUAUGGAUGUUGUGUACGCUUUGAAACGCCAAGGUCGUACUCUGUACGGUUUCGGUGGUUAGUUUAGUCAGUGAGUGAGUGAUUGAGUUGGAGGUGACCUAAGUUGAAUUUGGUCUGCACGAGAACGUCUCACGGUCCUUUUUAGGACCACUAGAAUUUGAUUUGUGCAUGUUAUUUGUUAGACGUUUAUUACGAGUGUUAUUGGG